AUGUACUAUCAACAACCCGCCAGCUUCGUCGACAAAGCUCAUCCCGAUGAUGUCUGCCUCUUGCGCAAGUCCCUGUAUGGACUCAAGCAAGCGCCACAGGCGUGGUUUCACUGGUUUGCGACGCAUCUCCAGCGCCUCGGCUUCAUGGUCUCCAAGUCCGACAGCUCCCUCUUCAUCUACAAUCGAGACACUGAUGCCGCGCAUCUCCUCCUAUACGUCGACGACAUCGUGCUAUCAACCUCGACCACGACACUGCUCCAACACAUCAUCAACCAGCUUCGCCAUGAGUUCGCGAUGAAGGACCUUGGCCCCAUGCACUACUUCCUCAGCAUCCAGGUAUGGCGCACGCCGGCCGGCUUCUUCCUCUCCCAGGCACAGUAUGCGGACGACAUCCUCGAUCGCACAGGCAUGAGCGACUGCAAGCCGGCGCCCACUCCAGUUGAUACCAAGGCUAAGGUGUCUAGCGCUGCUGGCACACCGCUUCUAGAUCCAACAUUCUACCGGAGCAUCGUCGGUGCGCUCCAGUACCUGACCCUGACGCACCCCGACCUCUCCUACGCUGUGCAACAAGCCUGUCUUCACAUGCACGACCCUCGCGACGUGCAUUGGACCUUCGUCAAGUGUGUGCUCUGGUACGUUCGCGGAUCAUGGAGGAAGAGCCUGCAGCUUCGGAGAUCCACGCUGCCACUGCUCGUUGCCUACUCCGACGCCGACUGUGCUGGAUGCCCAGACAUGCGCCGCUCGACGUUGGGCUUCUGCGUGUUCCUUGGUGACUCCUUGGUGUCCUGGUCUUCCAAGCACCAAGCCAUUGUCUCACGUGCCAGCGCCGAGGCGGAGUACCGGGGUGUCGCCCACGCUAUGGCCGAAUGCUGCUGUCUAUGA